GAGAGAAUGGGCGAGGGGAAGGAGGUGAUGCGAAGGAUAGCCGCUCUUUCAAAUAAUUAAAACCAGGAGAUUUGCGGGGAAGAGGUCGCAUCAGGGAUGUUGGUAGAAUUUUUCCUACUUUUCACCAUCUUGUUCUUUGCUGGGCAGUUUCUGCAGUUGCAAUGGACACGCAAGCAGCUACCCCCCGGCCCAGUCCCUCUUCCCUUUAUUGGCAAUUUAUGGCUGCUGGACUUUGCUCUGAAGCGAGAGACGCUGAUGAAGUUAACAAACAUCUAUGGGAAUGUCUACACAAUUUGGCUGGGAAGAACUCCUGUGGUCGUGCUGAAUGGCUACAAGGCCGUGAAAGAGGGACUCAUCACUUACUCAGAAGAGACCUCUGGAAGACCACUGACUCCUUUAUUUAAAGAACUGAUGGGUGAAAAAGGUGUUUUUAUGACCACUGGACAUAACUGGAAACAGCAGAAGCGCUUCGUCAUGAUGACGCUGCGAAAUCUGGGUGUGGGAAGGAAGGCCCUGGAGAACCGGAUCCAGGAGGAGGCGCACAUUCUUCUGAAAUUGUUUAAGAGCAAGAAAGGAUCAGCCUUUGACCCCCAAAUAGCUAUGGUCCAUGCUAUUGCAAACAUCAUGUGCAAUUUUGUGUUUGGUCAACGCUUUCCCGAAGAGGAUGCCGAUUUCAACAAAUUAUUAAAAGCUAUCAGUAUGGUAGUCUACAUUCCUGGUAGCUUCUGGGGCAGGGUGUAUGACACUUUCCCCACGAUUAUGCAUAAGCUUCGAAGGCCUUACCAGCAACUGUUUGAAUACAAUGAAUUCAUGCACAAUCUCGUCAAGGACAGGGUCCAGAGUCACAAGGAGAGAUGGAGAGAAGGUAACGAACCACAGGAUUUCAUUGACUUCUACCUGGAUUUCAUGUCCAAGAACAAAGAAGACCCGGCUUCCAUUUUCAGUGAAGAUAACUUUGUUCAAACUGUUAUUGACCUUUUGAUUGGAGGAGCAGAGACCAGCAGCACCACCUUGUACUGGGGGCUACUUUAUUUGCUCAAAAAUCCAGAUGUGCAAGAAAAAAUCCACCAUGAAAUAGAUGCUGUUCUGGGACCUUCUCAAAUGAUCACUUACGAGGAUCGGAACAGAUUACCAUACACUAACGCCGUGCUUCAUGAAAUUGUUCGCUACAGCAACGUUACAAUGACUGGUCCCUUACGGAAAUGCGUGAAGGACAUUGUUGUCCUAGGAUUCCCCGUUGGAAAGGGAACCCUUAUGCUACCCAAUUCCCAUUCUGUGCUGUAUGACCCGGAGUGCUGGGAAACCCCUUGGAAGUUCAAUCCAGGGCAUUUCCUUGAUUCUGAAGGCAACUUUGUGAACAAUGAAGCCUACUUGCCUUUCUCAGCAGGGCGCCGGGCAUGUUUGGGUGAGCCAUUGGCACGAAUAGAGCUCUUCAUUUUCUUCACCAACCUUCUCCGGUCAUUCAAGUACCAGCUACCACCAGAAGUAAAUGACGUCAGUUUGGAGGAAAUCAUAGGGAGCACACGCCAGCCCCUCCCAUAUCAGAUCUGUGCUCUUCCACGCUAAGCCAGCUGAUGCUGUUUCCUUCCAGGACCAAUUGAUGCAGCAAGGGAGAAAACUUCUGAAGCACCCAUCUCAUCCCUUCUCCCUAAAGCAUAGACGUCCUCAACCUUCUUGAAGCCAUCUUUGUCCAUCUUGCUUGCCCGUUGCUUGAAAUGCAUAAAGCGAAGCCGCUCAGAAGCAAACGUUUAUCAAUUCAGGCUUAUUAGUAACAUGUCGUACAACUGGAAUUCUCUAAGUUUGCUUUGGGGUUGCAAACAUGUCAUUAUUAACAGCAUCCAGAUCAUUCAAGGUUUAAGUGCACAAGUUGAACUUGCCACUGAAUAGGCAGAGGCAAGAUCAGGAGGCAGGUGGGCAAAGACCGGAAGAAGACAUGGUGGGAGUGGACAGGUGGCAGAACUGGCACAGGUCCUUUGGAGAAGCCACCCAGGUGUUUAACGUGUGCACUGUCUGUUAUAUUUACAUCUACUUGCUUGGCCUAAAUUAGUCAACCUUGUAUAUUUCUGUUUAUCUCCAGUGUAUCUGCUUUUUUGCCUUUCUCCCCUGGCUAUUAUUCCUUAAUAAAUACUCAAUUUUCCAUUUG